AUGCCUCCUGUGACGGCCGUCCCUGGCGGCCAGAAUGCGCCCACCAACUUUGACAAGUUGAAGAUGGGCGCCAUGAUGGGCGGCACUGUUGGCGUCAUCAUCGGUUUCAUCUUUGGAACCGUCAACAUCUUCCGCUACGGCGCCGGCUCGCAAGGCAUCAUGCGAACCCUCGGACAGUACAUGGGCGCCUCUGGAGCCACAUUCGGCUUCUUCAUGUCCAUCGGCAGCGUAAUUCGAUCCGACGCCGACCCCAAAUGGCAGGAAAUGUACAUGCGAGCGCAGCGGCGACCCAUCGUCAUCAUGGCGAACCAUGCGUGGAGGCGGCCGCGGGACGUGUAG